AUGCUUACUAGGACGAUAGACCGCUUCAUUUACACACCCUACUUCGGAUCAAUGGAAUCGCCAACAACUAUAACGACACCGCGGUUGCGGCUGACUCACAUUACAGGAGUGGAGAGCGGCUCUAUAGCGUUGUCCGAUCUUCAUUGUGUUUGGGGCAACGAGAUCGCUACUAAGUGGAACAUCCACGGGUCCUGCAAGACGUUGUCAGAAACCGAAGAACGGGCAAGAACAAUCUUGAAGAAGGCGCAAGACUACUUCAUUGUCCACAGAAAGGUUCCUGGCCAGCAUCUGGAAGUCGCGGAAGGCAAAGAUGCAGCGCCUUCGGAAUCCAACUACACCUGGGAGGCAAUUGGAAUGAUCAACCUAGUCCGAUCUGAAAAGCCAGAUCUGGAUCCAUUGCCAAUCCCAGAUUCAAAGCUCCAGCGAGAUUCACAGGAUUCCGAUGAGUCUGCAAAGCUCCCAGCGGUUCAGACGAGGAGUAUCGGUUAUAUGUACCGAGAAGAGGCGUGGGGCAAAGGAUAUGGGAUGGAAGCAGCUGCUGCUCUACUCAAUCACUUUCGUCAGGCAGCAUCCCGCAUGGACAGCCCGACUUUGGUAUACGUGGAAGCUGGAGUUGAUCCCUCCAACACUGGAAGCCUACGUAUUUUAGAGAAGCUCAGAUUCCAAAAAGUCGGGCUGAAUGUUAUUGCAGAUGAGAAGGUGUUUCUGGCUGGGGAAUGGAGACAGAACGAAUAUCCAAUUUAUGGCCUAUACCUCUGAAGAUAGCGACCAAUAGCCGUCCUCCUGGGUGUACAACAGUCAGUUUCUGGAUUUCUAUCUUCCGCUAAAACAUUGUAUUCAUUAGACUAUGUUGUUCGCACCUAAUUUCCAA